GUGGGCGUUGACCGAGGGAGAGCGGGAGUGCGCAGGCGCGGGCCUAUUCUGACGUGCGCAGGGCGCCAAGAUGCUGGAGGCUGAGUGAGGCGAAGGCCGAGGUGAACAACGCGCUCCGAUUCCUGGGCACCGUCGCACCCAUCCGCGGUCCCCAGUGCUCGCGUCGUCGGUGCGGACGGACGACGCCUCGACUCACCGAUGGAGGAGCCGAGCCGAUUCUACAUGAUGUCUUCGUUCGGUCAGGCGCCGCGCGAGCGAGAUGACUUUGGGCAGAAGAGGAGGAAGAGAAGUCGCUGGAGCAAUGAGACGUCUGAUCAAAAGACGGUGAUUCCUGGAAUGCCAACCGUGAUUCCGCCAGGUCUGACCCGUGAGCAGGAGCGAGCUUAUAUCGUGCAACUACAGAUUGAAGACCUGACUCGCAAACUGCGUACCGGAGACCUUGGUAUCCCCCCAAACCCUGAGGACAGGUCUCCCUCUCCUGAGCCCAUCUACAACAGCGAGGGCAAGAGGCUGAAUACUCGUGAGUUCCGAACUCGGAAGAAGUUGGAAGAGGAGAGACACAAUCUUAUUCAGGAGAUGAUUGCCCUGAAUCCUGAUUUCAAACCCCCAGCAGAUUACAAGCCGCCAGCCACACGUGUAAGUGACAAAGUGAUGAUUCCACAGGACGAGUACCCAGAGAUCAACUUUGUUGGACUACUGAUUGGACCCAGGGGCAACACACUGAAGAAUAUUGAGAAAGAGUGCAAUGCCAAGAUCAUGAUCCGAGGGAAGGGUUCAGUGAAGGAAGGGAAGGUGGGACGGAAAGACGGGCAAAUGCUCCCUGGAGAAGAUGAGCCACUGCACGCGCUUGUCACAGCAAACACCAUGGAGAAUGUGAAGAAGGCAGUGGAACAGAUCCGAGGUAUCCUGAAGCAAGGGAUUGAAACCCCUGAGGACCAGAAUGACCUGCGGAAGAUGCAGCUGAGAGAACUGGCUCGACUCAAUGGCACCCUGCGGGAGGAUGACAACAGGAUCCUGCGGCCUUGGCAGAGCACUGAGCCUAGAAGCAUCACCAAUACAACACUGUGUACAAAGUGCGGUGGGGCCGGACACAUUGCUUCUGACUGCAAGUUUUCCAGUGGGGCCUCCUUCAACAGGCCGGGUGACCCGCAGUCGGCACAGGACAAGGCACGGAUGGACAAGGAGUACCUGUCAUUGAUGGCUGAACUGGGAGAAGCACCGGUUCCAACAUCGUCAUCAUCAGCGGGACAUCCAAGUACCUCACAGCCCAGUGUCCCACGCACCACAGGCCCCAGUAACACCCAGCAGCAGAUUCCAAGCAGACCUCCGUGGAUGAACUCUGGCCCCUCGGAUAGCAGCCGGCCUUACCACGGGAUGCACGGCGGCCCUGGGGGCCCGGGAGGGCCGCACCCCGGCUUCCCUCCUCCGAUGCCCAGCAUGAGCGGACAUCCAAUCCCGCACAAUCCCAACGGGCCGCCGCCGCCUUGGAUGCAGCCGCCGCCGCCUCCGAUUAACCAGGGCCACCCGCCUGUGCACCCACCUAUGAACAUGAUGCCCCAUCCGAUGGGGAUGAUGCCUCCACCACCCCCACCGCCAGCCAGCCAGCCUCCACCCCCACCCACCGGCCCCAUUCCCCCUUGGCAGCAGCAGCAGCCGCAGCCACAACCACAGCAGCAGCAACCACCGCCGCCACCUCCCAGCAGCAGCAUGGCCUCCAGCGCACCCUUACCCUGGCAACAGAAUACCAACACCACGACGACUACUACGGCGACAGUCCCUCCGUGGCAGCAGCAGCAGCAGCAGCAGCCGCCUCAGGCCCAGCCCACACCGGCCUCCAGCGCGGCCCCUCCUCCACCGAUGCCUGCCGCCCCUUCUAUGGUUCCCCCUCCCCCUGGGGUCCAGCCUCCCCUCCCUCCCGGAGCCCCUCCUCCACCGCCCCCCCCUCCACCCGGCACAGCCGGUAUGAUGUACGCUCCCCCACCCCCGCCCCCCAUCGACCCCGGCAACUUUGUAAUGAUGGGGGUAGGCGUCCCAGCAAUGCCCCCCUUUGGAAUGCCCCCCGCUCCGCCCCCUCCACCUCCCCAGACUUAAAAGACCCCUUCCUGAGUUACCCGUACCCUCGAAACAUGUACAGAUAAGGACGUUCACUCUAAAGCAAGCUGGGUCACGGUGUCAUGACUGAUGCAGAAACUCGCCAAGACACGCUUUUUGUUUUUUUUAAGAUUUUAGAAUAAAACAAAUCGUAGGCACAACUGUAAAUGCUAGAGGACGGCCUCUGUGUCUCGAGGGGACAGAGAGCCUGUUGUUGUAUCCAGCUUAGAGGAUGUAACAGAGUCUCCUGGUGCAGUUGGCUGUUGUUGAGAGGGUGGGGGGAUGGGAGGGUGGUAGAAUUGAGUGGGAAUGAAUACAGUAUUACUGGCUAUUAACGCCGCAAGCAGUUUCUCUCAUAAAUAUACCAUCUCUCUGAAGUUACCUGCGUCCGAGUGCUCAUCUCUGUGCCAGCUGUGUUUUUAAGCUCGGCAGCUGGCCAGCCGACUAUGGGUGUUUGUAGUCAAAGAAGUGGGUGAAGGGGUUAGAGUGAAUUGCCAUCCCAUGGCUUGCACUCAUUUCCCCCUCCCCCCCCACCCCCCCCCCCCCACGUUUAUAGAGGGCGUGCGUGUGAGUAUGUGUGUGCGUGCGUGCGAGUGCCUGUGUCUUGUGCGUUCCUGAACCUUCAGAAGCUGCAUUAGUGAUCUGGAGGUUACUAGGCUCCCUUCUGUGUCAGCUUUGUUCUGACUGAGAACAGGCUUAAUGUCUGCUAGAGAAGGUUGUCUCUGGUUGAACCAGUGCCCACUAAAUACAGUUGAAACGCCUGUCUGUGCUGAUUGUGGGUGGGUGGGAGGGGAUAUAGGGAUCAAGAAUUUGUGUAGUUGAAGGCAGCAAUAUCUUGUUGUUCUCUCCAUGAUUCAACAAUCAGUUCAGAAAUUAGAAAGUUCCACUUGCAAAAUGGCUUCCCAGGUGUUUCCAAUGUGCUGACCAUGUUGGUAACCCAUGCUGGGAUCCGUAGGCCAUCUCGACAGUGGCUUAUUUCAGUGCAAAACGGCGUAACUUGUUCUGGCGGUAAAUGUUGCACAGCGAUCGGAAGUUGUUUUUCUUUGUUGUUGUUACACCAACCAAUGAUCUUUCCUGGUGUUCCUCGCCCUCCAUCCCUUCACCUGAUUUUCGGUGCUACAAGCAAGAGAGACACGAGGAGGAGGAAGAGGUCUGUGCUUUCCCCCAAACCCAAAAUUCAGAAUUUGCAAGCACCCUCCUGCUGCGAGGAGGUGGAUGGGGUCUCUUGCUCACUGCCAGAUCCUGAACCAGAGAGUCCGUGGUCCAUUGGUGCAGCAGUCGUUCCCUCGGUUGCCUCCUGCUCUGCUCUACUCCCGUUCUCCAGGACAGCGCCCCUGUCAGACUUGGGGGGUAGGAUUGUCCCUUUAAACUGUCUAUUGUCUUGGGGGUUUCGCUCUGUAAAACGUUCUUGCAGGAAUGGUGUGUAAACUCUUUUUAUUUUAGCUCGAGGUUGGAAGCCUGGAGCAUUUCCAAGUUUGUUUCCUUGCGCUCUGUCUCAAUGUGAAGCAUUUAAACAGAGGACGAUUCACAAAAUAAACUCCUGUGUUUUCUUAUA